ACUGGGUUAUUGUUGGCGCUCAGCGAGCGUAAAGCACUUUAGUCUUUCCUGUGAAUUUCAACAAAUAAACACGUAAAUGUUUUAGUCAGUCGUACUGUUGUUUUAAUGUGUUCAAAGGCCCUUUUUCAUGAUUUUCCUGACAUUGGUGAUAUAAACGGUAGCAUCUCGCAGAAAUGGAGACGCCUAAGAAACUGUUGCGCUUCGUUACGAGGUGUAAGCUCACACAACAACAGUCCGGAGCCGUCACGUGACUCCCUUCUAGACUCAUCUAGUCCGCAAAUUCUAGUCAGCACCCCGCAUGCUACAUCGUCACUUCGACUGCCCGGAGCGAAAAAGAACAGCGUACAAGACGUGUUACGCGCCAAGUUGUCGAGGAUACAUGUCGGUUUGAGAAAGAGAAGGGCUCUGUCCGUCCAAGAGUUCUUCAACAGUCCUACGCAUGAAAAGAAGCCCACUUUUUACGUGCCCUCGCCGAGUUCGCCCGACCCAGGUUCUACAUCUUUGGAUGGGAAAGUCCCUCUGAAAAGCGCUUCGGAAAGAAGACGGGCACGAUCCAGACAACGAACUGUCACAUCCUUAAACUUUAACGUGUCCAGAGAUUAUGGUUAUGACAGCUGUCAAAGUGAAGGUUACGAUUCCUUACCAUACGAACCUCCUCCCGAUUACGAUGAGGAGGAAUCGACAAUCAAACGCCGCUGGUCGGUGGUGGGCAGCGUACUGAAAAAAUCCAACGAAACCAAACAGCAACCAAUUAAGCUAGAAAGUGCCAACAUUAAAAUCCCAAAAACGAAACUCACGAAUCGAAAGCACCUCGAACGGGCGCGAUCCCAUUCCCCGAACAAAAACAAGGACCACGCUAAAAGUGUGUCCGCCGAGCAGAUUGCAAGGAGCAAUCAAACCGUUGUCAAUUCCAAAAGCCACUACGAGCUGGUCGGUGGCGUUAAACAAAGACCGGAAGUGGACCAUCAUCCCGAAAACGGACAAAAACAGGAAUGGAUUGAGGAGCUAGAAGAGAUUGAGGAGGAAGAAGAAAGUAAAUUCUGCACGUUACCACGUGGAGGUGGUAGCACCUUUACGAUACGCCAAGUAGUUUUCCAAAAAGGUCAAGGUUUUAAAGCACUUGGUUUUAGCAUUGUUGGAGGGAGGGAUUCUCCCAAAGGAAGCAUGGGGAUAUACGUGAAAACGAUUUUUCCCAAUGGCCAAGCCGCCGAUUGCGGAAACCUCAAGGAAGGUGAUGAAAUUUUAGCUGUUAAUAGUAAACCUCUUCAUGGAGCGUCUCAUCAAGAAGCGAUUAGCGUUUUUAAGCAAAUCAAAUCCGGAGCUGUUCUUUUACAUAUUGGUCGUCGAGUUACCAAAAGGCCCAGAGAAAGGGUCUAAAUUUAACGAUACUUAAGAAUAUAUUAAAAAACUAUAUAAAUAUAAAAUAUAUAUGUAAAGUAAAAGUGUCGCUAUUUUAAAUUGCAUUUAAUAAAAUUGCUGCAAUUUAAAAUUCAGGCAUUUUAUAUAAGCUUUCUGUAUUCCAAAGACUAUAUCUUAGAUUAGAUAUUUUAAUAUAUGCCUAUAGUUUCUUUUUUAUACCUACGAAUUUUAAUAUGUAUUUUUAAUUUUUAUUUAUAUAUAGAUAUAUAUGUAUAUAUAUGUGAUGUACUAUAUUUUUGUUUUAUUUAAUUGUUUUAAUUUAAAAAAAUGUUUUCUCUCCCAAAGUAAAUUAUUUUUGAUGUAUAUAUUCAAUAUAUAGUUUUAUUGAACCU